GGGAGAAAGAAAAACGACGGAAAAGAGCAAUAAGAAAAAAAGAAGACUGUUCGUGCUCGACGUGAAGAAAAUUUGAUCCGCUACCAUUAGACGACGAAAAAUUAAAUAUUGUGCAAAAUCAAAGGGCAAUUUGAGUGUUGCGGUAAAUUCCUCACGGAAAUCAGUGCACUGUUCAAAGAAUCUCUUCGGUAGAAUAAGUCGAUUGAAUAAGUCUUACUGAAAAAUCAGAAUCAAUUGGAUGUGAAAAAAAUUACGAAGGGGGUUAAUAUAAAUACUGUUGUGGCAAGUGAAAAAUAGACCCUUUCUUUUUUCGGGGUAACAAGUAGAAAAGGAAAAAUCGAAAUUGGUAAUCUGAAUUUGCAGCCACGGUAGCAAAUUCCACACCAACUCGGCAGCCGCCUGGAAGCCGAAAAACUACAAAGGCAGCAAACUGCCGCCAGAAAUAAUUGUGAAGAUACAUCAAAACACUGAGGGAUCAAAAAAUGAGUUUGUUUUGAGAGUGUAUAAGCAAGAAAAGGGUGAAAUACGAGAAAAAACAAAAAAGUAGCUAGUAAGCAAAAGUGUCCAAUUUGUAUGAGUAAAGCAAAGUGCUGCAGUGUGUCGUAAAAGGAAAAAAAUCUUGUGUCAUAACAAAGAAAGAGUGCAGUGUUGGGUGCACAGCUGAAGGGAAUUAGUAAUUUGUGUUCAAAUAGCAAACUUUAUAGUGCGGUGGAAAUAAUGUAAAACGACUGUUUUUAAUGAUUUCGCUUGAGCGUUGAAUGCUUGUCACCAGUUAAAUAUAUGCGAAUGCGAUUCUCAAUGAAGCAUGAGUUCGUAACAAUAAAAGGAUUCAAAUUUGUGUAAACGUCACACUGGGAAGUAUCGACAAUACAGUUUGCUUGAGAUCGGAUAAUAUUGAUAGAAAGGUAACCGACAGGCCGAGGGAUAAACAAGUCAACAGCACAAGUCUGCUUCGUAACCGACGGAGAGAGUGAAUGAGCGACGUAAAACAAAAAAGUUGAGAUAGGUCCACUAAAUACGCCAACCAAAAAUGAACAUUGAUCCAAGUAACGUAUCUCAAAUGAUAACAACAACACCAAUUUCAUCGUCAACAGGGGCAGAAGAAGAGGAAGAAUCGACACUGGUCGAAAUUUCACCUUCAUCAUCAUCUUCACCGACAACGGUAUCAUCGCCAUCGCCAUCCUUCCGAACAAACAGUGCUAGUGUGGAUGAAAAUGCCGAACCACAUCCGGAAAUGAAUAUCGGUAUCGAUUCAACGCCGACUAUAGUAUUGGCUACGAGCGGAAAUACAUCUAGGUCUGACUCGUCAGAAGCAAGCACCGUGGCAUUAGUAGACGACUUAACUCCUCAGCAGCGGCACCUUCAACAGCAGUUACUACUAGCACCAGUGGGAGUACAAGUUACUGGUGAACACUCGUUGAAGCAACAGUUGCGACACCACAUACCAAUUGAAUCUUCAUCAUCGCUGUCAACUCCGUCCUCAUCCGAAGAAUACGACGAAUCUAUGGUCCCGUGUAGCACCGAAGGUGCCUUGAACGUUUUCAACAGCAAUAAUCAAUUGAACAACAAUAACAGUUCCGCAGGAGUAAGUGAGCAGCAGGCAGUUAUUCAAGCGUGCUCAGUCGAAAGUGUCCUUUUGCCAUCGACGACGGCCACAGUGAUUACAAGCACACCGGAACGUGCUUCAGGUUGUAAGGAGAAGUCCGCACAGAGCAAUGCACCAAUAGAGAUAGUACAAAUUUUCCCCUCCACCGUAGCACCGAUAUUUUCCUCGAUAGCAUCUUCUUCAUUCUCAUCUUCCUCCCCUUCAAACACAUCGUCAACGUCCUCGUCAGCAUCAUCACCUUCAGUUUCGCCACUGGCAGCUGAUCAACAACCCACAGCAACAGGCACACCAUCGUCGCAAAUUCAAUCUAAUGAAAUGAAAAAUUUGGUUCCUCCCAAAACGGAACCGAACAUCGCAGAAAAAAUCGACGACACUCUAGACCAAGAGGUGCCUCAACAGCAGCAGCAGCAGCAACAGCAGCAAAAUAAUAACAAAUCUUCGAUCGUGCGUCUUAACAGCACAAGUGAACGAGCAGGCAAAAGCAGACGACGGCGAGUUACAUUCCCGGAAGACGAGCAUCUCGUGACUGGUUACCUUGAACCGAUUAAUCCUUGGGAGAGUGAGUCCAAUGUAAAUUUACCCGAGCUGUUGGAACUAUAUAAACGGUCUUGCAGUAAACACGAUACUGAUCCUCUACCCACAAUUACUGAACAUCUUCAAGAGCUCGACCUUUCGCUACGACAACGAGUUCCAUUGCUCUCUCUAAAAGAUCACAACCUCAGUCAUGGGUCCUGCGAAGCACUGGAAGAAGUAUUCAAACGAGUACAGUACCGAUGUAUCAAUCUUUCACACGCUGGGCUCGAUGACACAAGUGCAAGCGCCUUGUUCAACAUGAUUGAAUAUUACGAGGCAACCAACGAGCUAGACAUUUCCGACAACAUUGCAAUGACCAACAAAAGCUGGAUGGAUUGCAUAGAAAUGAUUAAAAGAAGUCAAGCGUUAAACGUGCUCAUUACACGAGGUCCCGGAAUUUCCGACCACUAUGCUUCGAAUCUGGCGAAAGCUUUGAAUACUUCUGCGCUGCAUACUCUCAAACUGGAACAUUGUGAACUGGCUCAUCGGCCUUUAGUGAUACUUUGUAAUUUAUUGAAAAGGAAUACAGUUUUAAAGGAGUUAUCACUAGCUAACAAUCAGCUAACGUGGAAAGAUGCCAAAACUAUUGCUAGUUUACUAGAAUCAAAUUAUCACAUUCAAUUGUUGGAUAUCUCCAACAAUAACAUUGGGGAUGGCGGCGUAGAGUUGAUUGUUAACGCAUUAAUUGAGCAAUCGAAUCACUUUCAAACGAUGCAAGAAAGGAAAAAGAAGGGUGAUCUCAGUAUUGCCGACCUUUCGAGUAGUUUGAAUAGUAUCAACAGUAACAAACACUAUUUCCCCAAUCCUCACAGCAGAGCUUCUCAAUUAUAUCAGCAACAGCAUUUGCCGAAAGGAGCACAGCGCAAAGAAAGGCAAAAAAAGAAACAACAGCAACAUUCACAAGUUGUAGCUGUGCCUGGAUUAGUUAGUGAGUCCCCGUCUACGUUGCUUUUGGAUACUACUCAAAUGACUCCACCACCAACGCCAGCUUUACCCAAUGCGAGCAUUCAUUCGGAUGAUGUUUUCCUCACGUCGCCCAAAUUGCAAUCAUCUGCAGUAAUAUCACAGGAAAAAGAACCGCCACCUCCUCCUCCUCCUCCAUCUUUCCAGGAGUCCAUAACACCAGAUGAUUCACUGGAGCUGCAUAAGCAUGACGCAAAUAGUACAAACGAUGAUAGUGGCAUAAACAGUAGUGUAUCCAGCGAUGUGGAACAAACAAAUAGUGAUAACAGUAAUUCGGCACUUAUUGAAACCCAACAAAAGCAGCCACCCAUUAAUUACGAGGAAAAACAUUUGAUUAUGAAGACACAAUUAUGGCCUACAGCAGCUUCCGAAAAAGAAACUGACUUGACUAUGAUCACGUUAGUAAAUAGUAUUCAAACGGAUGAUACUAAUCAAGUUAAUUUUAGCUCAGUGAUUUCAACUCGGCAGGGGAGUGCCACCAGUGAUAGUGAUAUGGGCGGUAGAGAUGAAGGAGGACAGAUUUCUGCUGAGAUUGUUCAAAAUGAAAUUGCGGAGUUAACGUGUGAUUCACAGCAGGAAAAAAUUAUCGAUGAUUCCAAAAAGGCUACACUUGCAAAACAUGAUAGUGAUUUGAAUGAAUCUGAGUCGAUAAUAACGGAAGAGAAACCGAACGCUAUACAAGCACAAACUAAGCAAAUACAAGAGGAUCCCAACGAAAUUAAAGAACAUACAGAAGAAGAUACGUCCGAGAUCUGUGCUGUGAAUGAUGAUGACAAUGAAGCUAAUCUCAAAAUAUCACAAGAAGAUCUAAUGAAGAGGGGUACUACCGCAAGAAACGAUGAUCUAGAGGCCAAAGAAGAGGACGACGAGAUAGAAAAAUGUGGAGCAAGCGACAAUGACGACAGUGCGUCUUAUAUAGUUCCACUAAAAAAAGAUGAGCUUCAAUUACGGCUAGAAAAGUCGAGGCAACUAGAAAAGCAAGACGACCAAGUUGAAUCUGUGGCUCAUGUGCCUAAUGCCAUAUCUUCGUUGCAAGUUGAAGAAGACACGAACAAAGAUCUUGCUACAACCACUAUCCCAGUGCAAUUGGUGACGACUCCAAUCAAAAUAGUCGAGGCGGAAAACAAAAGUAAACCUCUAUCUCGUUCUUUGGACAGCACUGGUUCGGCGGAGUUUGCCAGUUGCUUUUUAGGUGGAAACCAACCGCCGGGUUUUUCCAAUGAAAGAUCAUUUAGUUCUGAAAGUUUGAAUAGUGAGACUUCUGUUGACUCAAACGAUUCUAAAAGCAGCCUAAAAAUCAUUCAAUCGAAGUUCGCUGCGAGGAACGGUACUCUAGAACGACAACAAUCAAGUGCGAACAAAGAUGCACAAGCAUCGGAACAACCGCCGGCGGCUCCUAGUGGACUGCAGGUUUUAGUUUUGUGGAACAAUGAAAUCACACGUAAUUCGUCUCACAUUUUCGCGGAUCUAAUCGAAAAUAGUUCUACACUAGAAAUAUUGAACGUGGGAAGCAAUUUGUUGUGCAACGAUUUUGUGUCAAAUAUCAAAGACAGCCUUAAAAGUAACAAUAGUUUAACCAGUUUGGGCUUACAAGGGGCACAUCUAUCCGAUAAUGGUGCUAAAGUGAUGGCGGAGGUGAUCGAGUUUGGUGGUAAUUCUACGCUUCAGCGGAUCGACAUGAGAAAUAACAACAUAACGGCAACUGGGCUUGACUGCCUGAACGAGGCUUUAAAGUCGAACAAAACUGUGACGAGAGUGGAUCUGGACAAAAUUCCUCGAAGAGCCGGGGAUACCUCUUUAGAAGUUGGCUCGGAAUACUCGAGACUGCUAAGCAACAUAUGUGCCCAAUGUGAACGAAAUAAACACCCACCGGAACCAACUGAACCGAUCAGUACAUCAAUCAAGAGAGUCCGAGCUACCAAUCUCAAUUCUCGGAAAAUCUCGCUUACCUGCACAUCUUUACGUACACCUGCAAAUACUAUUGCGAGUGAUAAACAUCAUCACUUGCUGGACCCGAGUAAAAAAAACGGUGGGCGUUUGCGUUCUCCAUUGCCAAGUCCGACUCCAUCUCCCAUUGCAUCACCAGUACCAAGUCCGUCUCGCAAUCGGUUUCAGGUGACGCGCGUCGGUGAGUCUACUGGCAGUGCUAGCAGUCUCACGAGUAUUAACAAUGCAUCUACCUCACCAUCACCAUCAUCGACAGGUAGUUCGCCAACAUUGUUUUUCGCUGCAAACUCCCGCUUCCGUGUUGUAACUGUUGAAGAGCCGCCAAAGUCCUCUGUAGCUAACUAUCAAAGUGGUAAAAUGUCAUCUCCAUCAAUAUCGACUUCGCCACUAGUUACGGGUGGAGUAAGUCGAAUGACACCGAGUAAUAGCAAUUCUGCACCCGCACUGGCAUCAUUCGUCAGUUCACCAAAGUCAAGUCCAUCACCAUUGUCGCAGUCGGUUGCCACCAAUAUACCAUCACCGCCGGCCAUAGUUCAGCAUCUAAAACAACAACAAAUACCAUCACCACUGCAACAACACACACAGCAGUAUGCUCUACCAUCAGUAAUUACUACACAAGCAACCCCACCGACACCGAAAUCGAGACAUGCACGAUUGCCAUCCACUAGCAGUACAUUGAAUGAUUCGAUGAUUUCAACGGCCUCGAUGGAAAGUCCUGAUCUUGAAGUGAAACGUUUCAUGAGUGUAGGCGCUGGGAUGAAUAUUAGUACCACUAGUACCACUCGCACAAACUCUUCCGCAAUGGAUGAUAGCUGCUGUUCAUCCAUCAGUAGUAGUAUCGACUCGAUUGACAAUGUGCAUUUCCAUAACACUUCGAUUAGCUCAGCGGACGAAAGUUUCGAUCUAGUCGUCAGUUCACCUUCCUCAACUUCUUUAUCGACGGGGUCGGUAAACACUGUACCUCGACUUAAAACUCCCUGCUUCCAGAAGGCAGACUGUUCUCAAAUUUACGAACAGCAGAGAAUCAAUCCAGAAACUAAAGAGGCUCCUAGUUUAAUUAACGUUAAUUUACUGAAAGCAAAAAACAACAGUCUAUCUAGUUUGGAAAUGAGCGGAACCAGUUCUCAGGAAUCGUUAUUUGAAGCACAAGAACUGCGGUCAUUAUCACUAUCGAGAGGUGCAACUUCACUAUCGGGAGAUGCUACUAGAUUGGCUCUACCAGCUAGUGGCAAUUCCAACGAGAGUACUCUGACAUCAGCUCAAAACUUAGACAAAGAAAAGCAAGCGGUGACCGGCAAGCCAACGGAAAAGCCACCGCGUGUGCGCAAAACAUCCUGGAUAGCGUCCAUAGGCAACCAUCCGAAAACCGACAACAGUUCAGCGGCAUUGUCUGUUGGCAGCACCGGUAGCUACUCCAGCAGCGGAUAUUCACCAGCCAUCGAAAAGUUACUGGCCAUCUUUAGUCCUAGCAAUUUGUUUUCAUCGAAUAAAUCUAGUCCACCGAGUUCAGAGUGCGGUGCCGUACCAGCAAGUGCUUCAAUAGGUGCGAAAGAUAGUACACCUACAUCAAACCCACCGUCGCGCAAGGAAAGUCCCAUGGGUGGUUUGUUUCAAUGGUCAAAAUCGCCAAAGGACGAGGAAAAAGUGCUGAAAAUGAAUAUUUCUCCUGAGAACACAAUCACAUCCCAGCAGCUUCUUUCACCAGCGGGCCAUUCACCACAAACGCCUCAGUUACCUGCGUUCUACAUGGAGAAUAUUUCAUCUCUGUUGAAGGCGGAAAUUAAGGAAAAUAUAUCUCCAGAGAACACUGUGAUGAACAAAGUAUUUGUGAAUCCGUUGCAAUCUGCUCAAAUCACAACUCCAGUCGCGAAUGUUGGGCCAGGACCAACGGUUCCACCACAUCCGAAAGUAAUAUUUCGUCUUGGGGACGAUUACGACGAAUCUGAGGACGACAUUGAUACCCUAACAAGCAAGUAUGGCAGAGGAGUGGGAAGCGGAGGUGGUCCCGGAGAGUUCAGUAAACUGGCCAACAAACCAUCAACUACGCUGUCAGCAACUAGCACUACUCUUGGUAGUAGUAGUUAUGCGGUAGAAGGGUCACCCUCACCAUCCGGCAUUCUACAAACUAGUCACCUCGGUCAACUGGCACGUGAUUCUCUGAUUACGAUGUUCAAGAAUCCAUCGCUUACUUCACAGGAUUCGAACAGAUCGAUUGAUUCACUAGCGGAUACAACAGCACAGACACAAUCUCCUGCGUCACGUAAUUCACAAAAUUCGGGAGAUACGCAAUCCCAGUAGCGUACUUGGGUCGAACGUAAGAGUGUCGAAGUUUUGAUCUAAGGUAAGCCAGACUUACUCAUUCAGAAGCGCUGUGAAUUUGGUAGGGUACAGAUUAUUAUUUCAAUGCAAUGUCGAUUAUCAUACGUUGUUGGCAUGUCGGGCUAUUCUGCUGCGAUUGAUUUUGCAUUUUGUCUUAUCGAAGAAAAAAGUAAUUGAUGUGCCUUCUUUAGAAGCGAACAAUGCGGAAAAUAAAAACAAGAAUCCUUAAGAGAAGGCUUUAUUGUCAAGAAGAUUGUUAGCUAUCAGCGGGAUAAAUCCAUGCCUACUUAAGAUUGUGCAAAUAGAUAGGAGAAUCGAACGGGUAGAAUAGUUCGAAGCAAAGCAAUCCACAGGUGUGUUACUGAUCUAUGCUACUCGUGUAUAAGUUUAAGAGAAAAUUUGACAACUUUGGUAAUACAAAUUAAUACUUCGUAAAUUUUGUGCGGCAUGCUUGGCAAAUUUUUUGAAUUUAUGAUCCUGUUUGUUUCGACGCGUUUGUGUUGAACAGUGAUAAUAGACUCAAUUCAUGCCUAACAUGUAAAAAGUUAGUGGUACUUGCUUGCCACUUCUGUGCUAGAACUUACAUCUUAUUGAAAUGUGCUAGGACUGAGGAGGGAUUCAAGUAAGUUCAAGUAUAAAACGUUUGCUAAACAACACCGACAAAAAGGAACCUGGGCAUGUUAAUUUGCUUCGAACCAGACUACUCUUCUGAAGGAAUUUCCUUCUUCCAUUUGACUGGAUCUUUGCUGAGAAUGAUUGUGUUACCUACAAAAACUUAAUGAAUUGGUUGAGUCCCACAUGGAAAGAAUCACCAAUUAAACAUGAUAAUAAAACGAGUAAACGAAGUACUUACGAAAAAAAGACAAAUGUAGUGCUGAGUCCAUACUUAAAGUGUCGAAUAUAUGAAUUACAAACAAACUAAAGCUAACGUCAAAGUACUGAAGAAAAAUCUGAGUAUUAAAUAAAAUAUAAUGCGAAAAGUGUAAUUGCGUGAUUUAAUCCUCUUUCAAUACCAUUGUGAUAUUAGUUUUAAUCUAUACGAUUAUUUUAACAAAAGAAUUGUAAUCAUAGGAGAAGAGGAUGUGCAAGAGUGAUAAUUGAUUUUUAAGAGAAUGUGAAUGUUUGAAUGAUUUGGAAAGGCAAGAUACUUCCUGUUAAGGAUGGUUCCGCUGUUCGCUGAAUAAACAUAUAUCUAUAUCGCUAUCUUUAAUCUAUUUUUGAAUAUUUUUUUGUACUCAAACAUCAUAACUAUAAGGCAUGAGUGUUCCCACCAUCGGUACCAUUUGGUAAAUAUAGCAGUACUCUCUGAUAUGCCAGCUUUACGUUGAUUCAGAAAAAAAUAACAUACGAUAAAGAUAACACAGAUUGUAGAACACUAGUAUCAAUCGUUAUCCUCGUAUAAUUGCAUGGAUGUCGCAUCCCAUCGGCAGGAAGUAGAAUGGGAAAUCGACGCUACGCUUGGCUACAAUUCCAAAAGCUAAAAAACAGUGCAAGCUUUUUUUUUAUUGAAUACCGAAUUCACAGCUCUUCUGAAAAAGAUUAGGAAAUCUGGAUGAUUUUUCUCCAAUGUGCUGGAAAAAAUCUAUCGUAACAUGAAACACUGAUAAUGCAAAAAUAGUUGUUCAAUGCGAAAAGAUGUUAAGGUUUAUUUUAUAGCCAGAAACUGUAUAUGAAAAACCUCUACUACGAAGCGCGAUAUAAGAAAAGUACUUUUAUCAUUUUGAGUGUUUAAUAGCGUUUUGAUUUUGAAAUAUAGUCGGACAAAAACACGAAAUAAGCCCUGAUAUUAUGUCAUUCAUGGAAGCCUUGCAACAUGUUUUCACUAAAUUUGUUAGAUCAUGUUGUGAUCAAGUCGUAAAUUCUUGGCGGGAUUUUGAGAAUUACUUAUAUUGAUUAUGAUCAGACAGUGCUAGAAAAACUUACUCUUCCGAUUGAUCGCAUAUCGUAACUACCUUAUAUAUUUUUAAAAUCCUAUUCUUUUUUCGAUUGAUUUAGAGUUGCAAGGUACCCAAAUCAACGGUCUCGAAGAGUAUGUAAUUCGAAUUUGGAUAGUUUAUUCGAUCCAUACGGCUUGUUAGAUAUGUAACAGACUGAAGUAAAAACUAAACUAACGCAAAUAUCUCAAUGAUAAAAUUGCUUUGAUUAUAUCAUCAUGUUCAUAAAAAUACAUACACUUGUUCAGCUGAAAUCAAAUCAACCCAUGAGCGCGUAUCAUACAAUUACACAAUAAUUGAUACGUGCUUGUCGGAAUUGACUGCUCAUUUACACCGCGAAAGCUAGUACUAUAGAAGUACGUAUAAAAUAUCCUGGUAAAAUAUUAGUCUUGUUACAUAUAAUUCGGCUGUUUAUUUGUAGUAAAAACAUGUUUUUUCCGUUUAUAGAAGAUACAAUAUCGUUUGAUUUGGUAUUCCGAAAAUUCGGAAAAACUGUUACAUGAAAAAAAAAACAAUUAUAAAAUGUCUGAAAGCAAACUUAAUUUCCCAGUGUUCUUUCGAUCGCCAGAUAAAGUUAAUAUAACAUCAAUAGUUGAUAUUGUUUCAUUUUAA